AUGGCGGAGACUGAGAAAGCACAUUUGAUUUGCAGUGACCAAAAGAGAAAACACCUAAGAAGAAUCUCGGCGAAGCAAAACACAGCCGAGAUAGAAAUGAGCGGGGCAUUGUUCAGAAACGUCGCCGCCGACGCCGGCCGGUUCAUACGACGUAACGCGAUUGCAGACGUUAGGCGAUUGCAAUCGAGGCCUUAUUUCCGAUUGAAUCAGCUUCUCGGGAGAGCAAAGGAAACAAGAAUCUCACACUCCUCGAGCUUCUGUUCAUCGUCUUCUUCUUCUUCUUCUUCCUCGUUUGCGUCGGUGGGUUUCGUCGGAUGGUAUCUCGGUAUGGUGAAAUCACGCCCGGUUUUCACCAAAAGUGUCACUUGCUCGCUUAUUUACAUUGCCGCCGAUUUGUCUUCUCAGACGAUUUCGAAAACUUCUACAGAGUCUUAUGACUUGGUGAGAACAGCAAGAAUGGCAGGAUACGGUCUCUUUGUGUUAGGUCCAACACUUCACUAUUGGUUCAACUUCAUGUCAAGACUCUUUCCGCAACGAGAUUUGAUCACAACGUUUAAGAAAAUGGCCAUGGGACAGACAAUAUACGGACCUACCAUGACCGUGAUAUUCUUCUCGUUGAACGCAUCCCUACAAGGUGAAAGCGGUUCAGAGAUAUUUGCAAGAUUGAAAAGGGACUUAAUCCCUGCAAUGUUCAACGGCGUCAUGUACUGGCCUCUAUGUGAUUUUAUAACAUUCAGAUUCUUCCCCGUUCAUUUACAGCCUCUUGUAAGCAACUCGUUUUCCUAUGUAUGGACAAUCUACAUGACUUACAUGGCCAACCGUGAGAAACCAGUUGCGAUUGCAACCUGA